AUGGCAAUCUCACCAUCUGUAAACCGUCGAAUACAAUCGGAACUGCGGCGAUUGAUUACUGAUCCGGAAGUGAAAUCAUACUUCCAUUAUGAAACUUCUGGCUACCAUAAUGACGAUUCGAGUAAACCAUUCCUAAUAUAUGGAUACAUAUUACCUCGAGCUUUUCCAUAUAAAUAUGGUUCAUUCAAAAUACAACUUCGACUACCUUAUGAAUAUCCAUUUCGAAUGCCAGAAGUAAUAUUUCUAACACAGAUUUAUCAUCCACAGAUUCAAUAUUGUGGCAAAGAAUUGGUAGCUCAUUGUUGUGAAAAAUGUGAAAACUGGGUUCCAACAAUGAAUCUUGCUAAAUGGAUUGAACGUGUCGUAGAUAAAAUCGAUCAAACUAAUGCUGAUUCAUUUUCUAAUCCUAGAAAUUUUUCAGCUCAAUCGCACUACUUUCGAAAUAGAGAUGACUAUUGGAAAACCGUGAUUGAUAUGAUUGAAAAAUAUUCAUAUCGACGAACAGAUAAAUUGACAAUGUCAUUGAAAUUCAUUGCAAAACGAAUCAUUCGUGCACAACUUGAAUUUGAUUCCAAAAAAAUUAAUCAAUUACCAUUACCCGAAGUUUUGAAACGAUAUCUACAUUCAUCAUUCGACAAAAAGUGA